AUGACUGACGUGGAAAUGCGCGACGUGGAUGACGAUGACAUCUCUGUCACCUCCACCGUGCCCAGUGAGCAAGAAUCGGAAUAUGAAGUCGAGACCAUCCUGUCAGAACGGACUCAGGAUGAUCAGCCUAUGUACCUGGUCAAGUGGGCAGGGUAUCCCAUUGAACGCGCCACCUGGGAACCUGCUGAAUCUUUCUUCAACGAUGAGACCUUUUCGGACUGGAAAAAGAAAAGAAAAGCUAUCGCAGAGGGAAGGCAACCCGAGUUUGAUCUGGUCAGCUUCGAGAACCAUCUGAAUGCCCUGGAGGAUGCACGAGAGAACAGGAGACGCAGGCGCGAGGCAAAGAGGAGACGGCUAGGUCUGUCCGGCGAGCAAACAAAUGCUGGAAAAGAGCAACGCGUCGAUACAGCCGCCUCACCUGCUUCUUCAGGUCCUCCUUCUUUCCACAAUUCAGACUCAGGUGCCGCAAGAAUGGAUCCUUCAACUACUCGUCCUACUGCUGUGAGACACGUCCCACCGAAACCUCCAAUGGUUCUGUUUGGCAGUGGUCAAAACCGAAGUGGACCAUGGAUGGCAGCUCGCAACAAUAAUAGAAAUCCCGAGGUUUCGGAUAAACAAUUCAGUAAUCUCUCAACCAAGUGGCGAUUUGAAAAGGCCAAAAGCUACGAACCACCUCCCAACAUCAACCAACUAGAGCUCUUUCGUCCGUCAGAUUGGCCUGCUCGAACAGGUGCCCCUGUUGACACUCCCAAGGUUGCGGACCAUCUAGUCGACCCUCCCAUCGGAGGCUCUCCUGUGGCUUCGCAAGUAGAAAGAAACAACCCUUUUUCGGAUAGGUAUCGAACGUCUAGUCCGGGACCGAGUCUUCGUCAUCAGCUUACGUCGGAUUCGUGGAAUUCAGACUCAUCUCCCACAAGGGUCGCGCGUUUACCUGAAGAGCAGACAUCUCGUGAUUCGUCAAGAUCAGAGUCCCCUCGCACACGGCGACCGCUUCUGCCUGAAAGACAGGGCUCACGAGAUUCAUGGAGACACAGUUCAUUCCAUGCGCGAGAUGCCUUCAAUUCCAACCGGCCUGGCACUUCUGAUGAGCGAAAUUUUUCUCGGUUGCAAAUAGAAAACAACGGUGCUCGCAGCCAGUGGCUUAGUGAUGAACCGAUACCGCCACUUCCUCCAAGGCGGCCCAAGGCAAUCAAAGGCGCCAUCCUCCGUCGGGCCAAGGAUGAAAACUCUCAAUCCAGAUUCUGGAACCCUGGGGAGGUUUUUGUCAACAUGUAUCUUGGACCAGAGAAGAGGUUUAUAGGACCGGUUCGACUGUGUGGGUUGAGUCCCAUGUCAAGGUCCAGGGUCUUACAAUCAAAGAAGGACAACAAGAUAGACGUCUGGUUCCAAGAGAUCUGCACAAUUGAUGAAUACAGAGAACUGUGCAACAGAUCCAUAAGCAAUCUCCGGUACGAUAACGGUUGGAUCGAGGGGUACGAUGAUACAGAGCCAGACGUAUACAGGGCAGGACAGGCACUCCACCGGGGUCAUUUUCUCGCAAUAGCGUAUCCCGACCAACCGAGCUGGGGUAAAAACGUGCUACUUGCCUACUCGCCUUCAUCGCUAGAUUUCGACUUCCUCCGCAAUGACUACAAAUUUUCUCCGGACACGUUUCUCCAUCUAACGGUCCGAAACCCCUUGGCAUACCUGGACAAACCAACACCUUCGAACAGGAUCUCCCGCGCAAUCCCUGCGCGAAUGCCAGAACUACAGGACAACCUCCCGAAUCCGAAAGAACAGAGGGUCGAAAAAGAGCUGCUGGAAGCUCAAAUUGCCCAAGAACUGCAACUGCAGCUAUCCGCAGAUGCCAGCAAUCACGCUACAAGCCUGGUGCGUCCUCAGGAACAACUCAUGGAAACUGACGAGCCAGCGCCUGUCCAAGACAAGCCUUCGCCCCAGAAACAACUACAACAGCAGCAACUGUCUGUGGCGAACUUUGACGUGGAUGACUACUUCAGAAAUGUGUUCAAAAUGACAUUUGAUGUACUUGCUACGAAUAACGGCGUUGAGAAGGGGCGGGUCAAAGUGUUCUAUCUGAUGUGCCCGCCGGAAAAUAAAUUGGCUCAAGAUGAAUGUGGAAUCAUUGUGGAGUUUCUAAAGAAGCACGAAGCCGUCAUAUUUUCUAGCCGCCUUGAGGAGGAUUGGGAGCGGUUUGUCCGGACCAUCAACCGCGGUAUUGUCCUGUUACACGACAGCUUCGUCGAUUACGAUACCAUGCCUAGUCUCCGCGGCCUUAUCCAUAAACCCUUUACCUUCUGGUCCUUUUCGUUAACCGGCAUUGGAGAGGGCGACAACAAGACUUACUUCCAGCGUCUCUUCCCCCAUGGCGGGGUCAUUCUGUUGACAGAAGACUUCAUGGUCCGUGAACCAGAUGCCACCGUCAUCAUCCUGGCCUGGUUCUGCGACUGGACGAAGAAGAAGUUCCCAGGAAGCUGGAAAAUGAUGCUACGUCCGAAUGUCCUCGAAUGGCUCUUGAGGCAGCCAGAACCCGCAGAGAAACACCGACAGGGAGUCUGGCUCUCAAUGUACAGUCUAAUCGCCCAACUCAGCACCACCGACAACGGCACCUUCCUCACCCAUUCCGAACCCCUCGACGGAAUCCACGACGAAUCCCCCGAAAACCGCGUCAUUUCUCCACCCAGCAUCCCCCGCUACGGCUUCCGCACAGAAGAAGACACCGAUGGCCUCGUCACGCAAGAACAACGCGACACCGACCAUCUAGCUGAAUUCUUCGCCGGGUGGGCACUUGUUAACAGCGAUCGCUUUAGACGGUUCACGAUUGUUACCACGAAGCCGCUGCGGAGUUGGAAUGCGUGGAAUCAUGUUGAUGUUAAGGAGACGGCGAUGGACUUUUUCAAGGCUUAUGGGGUUGAUUAUCGGACAUAUUGGAGUCGGUUGAAGGGGAAGGCGUCGUCGUCGUCGUCUUCGAAGGAGAAGAAGCAAGCAGCGGAAUCGCCGAGUGAUUACGAUGCGGCUAAGAUGGGGUCUGCGCAGGGCCCGGGCCGGUUGUAA